ACUCGGUAUGGAGCUGUUCGAAACCCCAACAGUUAGACUGAGCCUCUACAACAAGGGAACUACCAUUCGGGAAAUCGCACAGGAAAGGACCAGGAGCAAAACGGAGCCGAAUCGUACGGAUUUGGAAGAUCCAUUCUUUAUUUAUGACCUGGGUGACGUAGUGUCCAAGGACAAUCAAUGGAAGAAGUCGCUACCCCAUGUUCAGAGCUUCUAUGCUGUUAAGUGUAACCCGGAUCCCGUGUUUCUGCGGCUGCUGAUUGGACUAGACAGAGGCUUCGAUUGUGGCAGUAGAAAAGAAAUAGAGACGGUCCUUGAUUUAGGAGCGAGUCCAGAUCGCAUCAUCUUUGCCCAUCCCUUCAAACAGGAAUCACAUCUACGCUUUGCGAGGGAGAAAGGGGUGAGGCUCAUGACCUUUGACACAGGAGAAGAGCUGCACAAGGUCAAACGCGUUUAUCCUGAGGCCAGGCUGCUACUUCGUGUUGUGUUCGACGAUAGUUCUUGCUACAUGAACCUGGGAGUCAAGUUCGGAUGUCGCGAAAGUGAAGUGCGCCCUCUAUUGGAGCUUGCCAAGGAUCUGGGACUUUGCAUUUACGGUGUAUGCUUUCACAUUGGCACCCAGGCCGGCAACCCUCGAGUUUUCCGCGAGGCCAUCCGAUACACCCGGCCAAUCAUCGACAAAGGCAGACGCCUAGGAUUGGACAUGAAGCUGCUGGACAUUGGCGGGGGAUUCCCCGGCAGACUGUAUCCAGAGGAACCCUUCGAAAAGUUUGCAGAGGCAGUCCGCGAGGCCCUGGAGGAGAACUUCCCUCCAAGUAGCGGCGUGAGGGUCAUAGCUGAACCGGGAGCAUUUUACACACGAUCGGCUGGGUAUUUGGUGGCCAACGUCAUGGCCAAGCGGAUCUACAAGUCGAGAGGGAACAAGGACACAUACCACACUGUAAAUGAUUCCACCGAUAAGGCAAUUUCGAUGUACUACUUGAAUGUGGGAGUCUUCAAUGCGUUCAACGGCCCGGCGGCACAGUUUGUUCCGACUUUCUUCGAAUAUCCCGAGCCGCUUCAUCCAAAGGAAUCUGGUGAAAAGCAACAGUUGAAGCCCUCCUGCCUUUGGGGACCCACGUGUCAUCCCAAGGAUGUCAUAUUCGACAAAUGUAUGAUGCCAGAGAUGGAGAGCGGGGACUUCGUCAUGUUUCAUGAUAUGGGAGGUUACGUAACCUCGUGUGCGUCUGGAUUUAACGGCUACGAGGUCCCACCAAUGUCUUACAUUGCACCUAAGGACUCCCGACCACUUCUAGAGAGGAUAUUCUCAGCCUAGACGAGAGAAUUCCUAGUGCUGAUUCGAACAACUUGGAGCAUGCGUGCCUCAGUGCCUUCGAUUGAUCCUAAUUACAUUUACAUAAAAUUGGGCGGUAGAUGUUGCAGCAUGAACCAGACAGCUGUUGAAGCAUGAACCGACUUGAUAACGCGUGGUUAUUAAAGAUCCAUCUUGUUUGCCUGCAGCUGCUUAGAACAUACCUAAAUAAUUAUGCAGUGAGCAAAAAAAAACACACCAAAAACAAAAAAACGGUAAAAACCCUUGUACGGUGGAAUGCUGGUCUUGUGUGUUUUCAUUGAUCAAAUCUUAUCGUAUUGUAGUGUACGGUUAUAUGCCAGGUCCUUGUUUGUUCCGUCGGUCAAACGCAAACGGAAAACAAACAAACGCACUCAAUUUUGUGCAAUAUCAAACACACUAAUUUAUUAAACGUCAGCAUCUUUUCUAUCUCCAAGCACACUCACUGAACUCAGUCUUUUGUCCCCCCCCC